AUGAAUCGAAACAUCCCGAUUGGCAAUAAAAUAUGUGCAACAAAAGAAAUAUUCUAGAACCAAGUCAUUCUUAAUACUCAUCUCUUGACUAUGAGACCAUAAAUCAAUACAAGUGCGCCUAAACAAUAUGAUUUCCUUAAAAACAAAAAGAUCAAGGAGGCUAUCAAAUCACAGAAGCAAUAAGAAAUAGACAGAGAAAAUUAAAACCUUAUAUCCAAACUUACCACUAUUAUGCAAUCAUAAACAAGUAAUCAUCUUACGCUAAUUCAGAUAAUUCUAUCUCCACUCUGGCAAUUAAGAAAUCUGCCACCAUGAGUAUUGCCCAAAAGAAGUCACUCAACAAAGAUUACAGGAAAAAAGAAUUAAUUAAGAUCGUCAUGGAGAAUCAGCAACUCUUAAAAAGAAUCCAAGAUUAGAAAUCCUAAUACAAUGUCAAAGAUUGGAAUCAAGAGCGAAAAUGGGUUGAAAAAUAUAUCUCCAAUAUAUGCGAGUAUCCCUAUAAGGAUUUCAAACCCACCAAAACUCUAGUACAAUAUUGGACCAACUCAAGAAUCAGCGAGUCCUAAUUAUAAAGUAACAAUUCAUAAGUUAUAUUUAUAGAAAGAGAUAAUCUUAACAACAAGAAAUUGGAUCCCUUAGAUCUCAAAAGCCAAUAAACUAAGUAUCAACUAUUAUUAAUCUAUUCAGAUAAAGAGCCAGGCAAGACAACAACAAUACAGAUUCCAGAUAACUCUUGACCAAUUAAGAAAAUUAACAAAGGUAGUAUAAUCAUAAUAUAAUACAACUAGAAGUCUCUUUGAAUCUGAUUUCUAACCUUACGAGCCCUAUCAAGACAAAGUGAGCAAAAUAGUUAAUGAGAUCAUUGAAAAGCCUUAACAAUAAUAAGAAUAAGAAUAAGAAGUUAAAAAAGAAGAAGUGUAAGUUGCUGAUGAUCAAAAUCAUCAAGACUAACCAAUUCAAUAAGAAAAUCCAGAAAUUGUGGCAACCAAUAAUCAGUAAAGCAAAGACUAAGAAGAAGAUCAGAAUAUUGAGCAACAAUAAGACUAAUAAUAGUAACAUGAAGUCAAUAGCUUGAUUGCCAAUUCAGAAGAAAACUAAGAGCAACAGAACUAGGAAUCUAAUAGUCCUCAAUAGAAUCAUCAAAAUAUUCAAACUAUUGAUUUUGAAUAAUAAAAUCAAGAACCUUAAGACUAAUAAAGUUCAGAAAAAUUAUAGGAUUGA